AUGCCCUCGCUCUUAUCGGCGGAUGCGCGCAGCUGGCAUGCGGCUAUUCGCAUCGAGUGCUUCAAGGGCUUCUACAGGAGUCUGAAUGCUUCCGCACGCCGCCUACCUCCUCCUCUUUUAAGCAUCGUGGUGGCUCCCAACUUCCACAUCUUGCACAUCUCCAUCAACAACAGAGCACCAAAGAACUUUCUUCUCUACUCCACAUCAAGCAGAUGGAAGAGCCAGAAUCUUCUCAUCGUCGUUGCCAUGUUUCGUCGUCUGUGGUCCGGUCUCCCAAAGGAUGCCUCUUUUCCGACCGAUCUCAAAGGACUCGGAUACUUUGUCAACGAUCAAGAUGAAAUCAGGUCCAUCGAGGAUCCUGAUAACUACUUCAGAUUCUUUAUUGAUAAAAACCCUCGGAUUUGCGCUCGUCAGCGAUUCGCAUUCAACCAUGCCAUGGAAUCUGUAAUCCACGAACGUCUAGAGAAAGAAGGCCUUCAGAAACUCCUCCUCCCUCUAGGAACAUCCAUCACCGAGCCUCACAUGCCCAUCUUUGUCACCCCAAACCUAGAUACGAAACCUCGCAUCGUCGUCAUAUUCGGUGAAGCUACGCAAGAACUAGGUCUCGUGGCCGGUCGUGUCGCCAAUGGAGCUGGAGGCAUCAAUGAAGGAAGCAUGGUCUCUGUGGUUCGUGCUCUAGCAUCGCAGCGUUCGUCUCCGGAUGAUGCCUCUCCGCCAGGUAUCGUGCUGGCAAACAUGGGUGAGACGUACUUCUGGCCUCAGGGAAACCGUGCGAUUACGGUUCUUGCGAGCUCGUUUCUGCCGCUGCCUAGCCUGCUGCAUAAAGGCGUACGACAUGUGCCGGCGCUCAACGACAUUCCCGGCAAUGAGGGUCCGGUGCAGCAUGUCAAGUACAUAUUCGGCGAGGUGCUUCGCUCCAUGGCAAAUGACAAGGCAUUGUUGGAUGUUAUAGCCAUUGGAGAUAGCUGUGAAAUCGUCGAAAAGGUCUUGGAUGGCCAAGAAGCCUGGGAUACUUGGGGCAAGAGACUUAAUUCCAUGACCCUGUUGGGCCCGCGAGCCCGUGGCUAUCUCGUUUGUCCAGAAUCCCUCGGUACUCCUCUGGCUCCCCCUGAAGGUAAUUCAGAGCUUAGCAUUCCGCCCCUGGGAUUUCCGUGCAUCUCUUCGUCCGAGCCAAUGCAUGCCGAGACUAUUCUUAUUCGAGCGCGAUCUCAUAUCUUUGCGCAUAUUCAAGAAGUAGCUAUGGAUGUGGGCUAUGAGAAUCCAGCCAUCACACCAGUGGAUUGUCCACCACCGGCUAUGACUGAGCAGCACUGGGAUGAUUUGCCCGAGGAGGAUAAACCUGAGGUGACCAAGCUUGACCCGGCAGAGUUCAAGGCGCAGGUGAAGCAGGCUAAGCGCUGGAGAAAGUUUCAGGAGACCGGAAAGGCACCGGAUACUGAUUCGGAGUCGGAGUCGGAGGACUAA